AACACUGUUUGUGGAUGUAAAUAUGAAAAUCCUAAGUGCUAAAAGUUUAUCAUGGAGACAUUUACACCUAUAAACAUACAAAAUGUGUUCAUAUGGAAGUCGAUCGGUCCUCGCUUAGUUCGAUCACGCAUUUCGAGCUGUCAGACUGCAAACUGUCUUAUUGGAAAGAGGUUUUUGCUAUAAUGGCUUGUAAUGAUGACUGGCAGGUAGCAGGGCGCCGAGCGGCUAGAAGAGGAAAACAACCUUCAAACCCCAAACUAGACUCACACCAGGUGGCUGCCUGCAAACCGGACAAGCAGAAGAUAUUAAACGCCAUGAAUGAACUGAGAGGAGAAAACUUCUGGAUGGAGUGGAAAGAUCUCCUGUCUGAGCGUCUUCUUUCCAACGCUUCUGGUUCCUCAGAGCAGAAUGGAGAUGUUUCUCUUCAGCUCUGUGUGUGUUACGGUUUGGGUCACUUUGCUUCUUGUGUAUCUGCCCGAUACCAGCUUGCAAUGUUGCUACUGCUUCUAGAGACACUCCAGAUUCCAGUGGGCAGCUGUUGUGUGUAUGAUCCUGUGUUUUCUGCGUUAGAGUGUGACGCCCUCAAGGAGCUCGGCUUCACUGUGUUGACUGAAAAUGAGGAGGGAAAACGAGCGGUUUAUCAACCCACCCUGUUUUACCUGAUGCAUUGUGGGAAGGCUCUGUAUAACAACCUGCUGUGGAGAAACUGGACGCCCCAGACGUUGCCAAAAAUGAUUAUAAUUGGCAACAGUUUUCAUGGCAUUCAAGAGAGGAUGCUUCAGAGAGAGUUUGAUAGAGACUACAGCUUCCUUUCAAAUGUAUCCUUGACUUUUAUCUUACAUUACACCUUUACAAUUCAUGCAUGUUUAUAAAGAAUUUCAACAUAACAAAUGCAGUAAAAUACCUGAUAUGAUGUAUAAAUCCUCAAAUGAUGCGGUUACAUCGGCAUGUAUGAUAAAAUUGCAUAUAUUUUCUUGUUGAUUAUCUUAUUAAUGUCACAAAGCUUGACCACAUAGGUGUUACAUUGUAAAUGCGAGCUUUAGAUUCUCACAGGUUUACAUUUUUCCUCCAUAAGGACUCACAGGCCUUGACUAAGUGCUGUUUUAGGUGAUAA